UAUGAUGAUGAUUAUGAUGAUUAUUAUUAUUACUAUUAUUAUUAUUAUUAUUAUAGUUGUUGUUGUGUAACGCGCAGCUGGCGGUUUAUGAUUUAAAGUCCACGUCAACACAGCGACUGUCGGUUUUACUUCACUUCUCCGGUAACAACUUAGUUGAUCAUCCGUUAAACGGCUGAGAAUCAGAGAGAGAGAGAGAGAGAGAGAGAGAGAGAGAGAGACAGAGACAGAGAGAGACAGACCACUGUAGACCACUGCUCUCUGUUCAUUCGUGUUUUGACAGAAAUGGGUUAUGGGUUAAUUUCCAUGUCGUAACGUUUCCUGUAAACAGCUGAUGAGCAGGCUCCGCCCCCCUCCCCCUCAGCCCAGCCUGGGAGAUUAGGGAGAGACAUCUUUUGCUUUCUGUUUCCGUCUCUCUGUCUCUGUCUCUCUGAGAGCGAACAGACCCGAUGAGCUUCACCUGGAUAUCUAAAGCAGCAAAGGUCGGUGUCAGUGUUUGUCACUUGUGUUGAACAACAGAUUGUGUUGUUGUUGUGUUCGUUGUAUUUUUCUCCUGCAGGCUUGAACCGUUCGGUCAGUUCACACAGCUGGAAACGCCUGAGCUGACCUUUCUGCACACCCUGCUCUGGUUACAGCUCUGUGGCUGGAAACAUGUCUGAUUCAUCAGGCUUAUUUUAGACGUGUCUCCGUCUCUCAGGUCUCGGUCUCUGUCAGUUACCAGCUCACAGUUCCUCAGGGUUCACUCAUGUCCUGAGCAGCUGUUUUCAGACUGAGUAACUUGCAGUUUCACAUACGACACAUUGUGGUGUCGUUAUGAAACUGAUCUAUUUCCUCAGAACAUUUGAAGGAUUUUACACAUUAUUUUGAUCCACUGAUUGUUUUUGUCAUGUUUUUAAAGCAGAACGACUGAACCUGCUUUUUCCUCCUUCUCGAAGCUUUGACGCUUUUUUGUGUCGCACAUUUUCCGACAGUGGACUCAGACUGAGCCACAGACAGGCCGAGGUGAAACCAGGUUCACCGCCUCUGUAAUUCAACAGCAGGCGAGUGUGGGACUCAGGUGCGAAAACCUCUGGUGCUUUCCAAACUACAUAUAUUUAUCUGCACCUGCAAACAGACAGAUCACAUUCACACAGCAGGAGAGGAGAGAAAUUUGCAUUAAAUUUGGAUGGAAACCGGCUCCAGAGGAGGCCUGUGGGGCCGGGAGGGGCCGACGGGGUCAUAUCACUGCGCUGACAAAGACAGAAAGAGUCGCUGGGCUCGUUGAUGGACUGCAACUCACCUGGAAGGUGUUUGGGAUCAGGUGGCGGCAGCAGGAGUCUGCACAGGAAGUCACAGAGAGAUUCACAUCCCGAUUAUUUUAUUGUUUUACCUCUCAGACCAUCAGAAAUGCUGAAGAUGAGCAUUUGUGUGGUGGAAGAGAAGAAGCGAGCAGAGUCUCCAGGACUCACCUGUGUGUCUCUGAGGAGUGAACGGUCCAUGGGACACCCUGUGACGUUCAACACCAAACCUGUGCCUCCUGCACACACAGAAGAGAGGAAGGGGAGUAGUUUUUCUGCAGAGGAGGAGCUGCUGUCCAGCUGUGCCCAGGACCACAGGAGUUUAAACUGUGGACAAUGGUCCUUCAGCGUCCACGUCGCCUCAAACGAGGACCCAUCUGGCUCAUCUGAAGACUGUCUCCAGUGUGGAAGAAGAUCCAAAACAAGACCUGGACAACAGACACCCAGUCAGACCAGCACUGCAGACGUGACCGAAGGUCUGCAGGAGGUUUUAGAUGAACAUAAGAUCAGUCUGAGGAGGAGAUGUGAACGUGUGACUGAAGGAACUGAUCAAACAGGAAGUGGAACCCUCCUCAACAGGAUCUACACUGAGCUCUACAUCACAGAGGGACAGAGUGAAGAGGUUAAUACCCAACAUGAGGUGAGGCAGCUGGAGAGCGUUUACAAGAUGAAGACCCUCCAUGACGCUCCAAUCAGGUGCCACCAAAUCUUUAAAGCCUUACCUGAGCAACAGAGACGCAUCAGAGUCGUCCUGACCAACGGCGUCGCUGGCGUUGGAAAAACCUUCUCAGUGCAGAAGUUCAGUCUGGACUGGGCCGAGGGCUCGGAAAACCAAGACGUGAGUCUGCUGGUUCUGCUUUCGUUCAGGGAGCUGAACUUGGUCAGAGAUGAGCAGUACAGUCUCCUCAGGCUGCUCCAUGUUUUCCAUCCAACAUUACAGAAGGUCCCAGCAGAGAAGCUCGCUGUCUGGAAAGUCUUGUUCAUCUUUGACGGCCUGGAUGAAAGCAGACUUUCACUGGAUUUCAGCAGCAGGGAGGUCGUGUCUGACGUCACACAGGAGUCAUCGGUCAACGUGCUGCUGACAAACCUCAUCCGGGGGAAUCUGCUUCCCUCGGCUCUGGUCUGGAUAACUUCCCGACCGGCGGCGGCCAAUCAGAUCCCUCCUACGUGUGUGGACAGGGUAACAGAAGUACGAGGCUUCACCGACGCCCAGAAGGAGGAGUACUUCAGGAGGAGAUCCAGUGAUGAAGAGCUGUCCAGCAGAAUCAUCUCACACAUCAAGACGUCCAGGAGCCUCCACAUCAUGUGUCAGAUCCCAGUCUUCUGCUGGAUCUCUGCUACAGUUCUGGAGCACAUGUUGACCACAGAGCAGAGAGGAGAGCUGCCCAAGACCCUGACUGACCUGUACUCACACUUCCUGCUGGUUCAGACAAACAGGAAGAAGCACAAGUAUGAGGGAGGACAUGAGACGAGUCCACGGGAGCUGACGGAGGCUGACAGGGACGUUCUUCUGAAGCUGGGGAGGCUGGCGUUUGAACAUCUGGAGACAGGAAAUAUCAUGUUCUACCAAGAAGACCUGGAGCAGUGUGGUCUUGAUGUCACAGAGGCCUCGGUUUACUCUGGAGUUUGUACACAGAUCUUCAAAAGAGAGAGUGUGAUCUUCCAGAAAACUGUCUACUGCUUUGUUCAUCUGAGCAUUCAGGAGUUUCUGGCUGCGGUUUAUAUUUUUCACUGUCACAUAAACAAGGAUAACAAGACACUGGAGAGUUUUCUGGGAACUCUCUGGAGUAGGAUUCGUAGCUGUGACCCAUCAUUAGACAUAUUCUUGAGAAAAGCAAUAGAUGAAUCAUUAAAGAGUAAAAAUGGCCACCUGGAUCUAUUUGUUCGCUUCCUUCAUGGUCUUUCAUUGGAGUCAAACCAGAGACUUUUAGGAGGCCUGUUGGGUCAGACAGAGAACAGUCCAGAAAGCAUCCAGAGAGCCAUCAACAACCUGAAGGAGAUGAGCACCUACAACAUCUCUCCUGACAGAAGCAUCAACAUCUUCCACUGUCUGAUGGAGAUGAACGACCUCUCGGUUCUUCAGGACAUCCAGAGGUACCUGAGGUCAGAGAACAGAUCAGAAACAAAACUGUCUGAGAUCCACUGCUCGGCUCUGGCCUACAUGCUGCAGAUAUUAGAGGAGGUGGUGGAUGUACUGGACAUGACGGCAAACAGGACAUCAGAGGAGGGACGACUCCGGCUGAUCCCGGCUGUGAGGAACUGCAGAAAGGCUCUCCUUCCUGACUGUCGACUGUCAGAUAUUCACUGUGACGUCUUGGCCUCGGCUCUGAAGUCCAGCCCGUCCCACCUGAGAGAGCUGGACCUGAGUAACAACAAGCUGCAGGAGACAGGAGUGGAGCUGCUGUGUGCUGGACUAGAGAGUCCAAACUGUAGACUGGAGACUCUCAGGUUGAGCGAGUGCUGGCUGUUAGAGAGAUGCUGUUCUCUCCUGGCCUCGGCUCUGACGUCCAGCCCGUCCCACCUGAGAGAGCUGGACCUGAGUAACAACAAGCUGCGGGAUACAGGAGUGGAGCUGCUGUGUGCUGGACUGGAGAGUCCAAACUGUAGACUGGAGAUUCUGAGUUUGAGGCACUGCAGCUUGUCGGACAGGAGCUGCAUUUCUUUGGCUUCAGCUCUGAAGUCAUACCCCUGCAGUCUGAGAGAGCUGGACAUGAGUUAUAACAAGCUGCAGGAUUCAGGAGUGGAGCUGCUGUGUGCUGGACUGGAAAGUCCAAACUGUAGACUGGAGACCUUAAGACUGAGCUUCUGCAGUUUGACGGAGAGCAGCUGUGUUUUUUUGGCCUCGGCUCUUAAGUCAAACCCCGCCCACCUGAGAGAGCUCGACCUGCGCGACAACCAGCUGCAGGACUCAGGGGUGAAGCUGUUGUCUGCUGAAAUGGACAGUCCACGUUGUAGGCUGGAGACUCUGAGGAUGAAAUAAAUCUGGAAUGCAGCUUAAAGUUUUGGAAGACCUCCUGGAAAAGUUGCUCUGAGGAUCAGCUUCUUCAGUGAAGUCACCGAUGUAAAACACUAAGAUCCCUGGACCCUCUGUGGCUGAAGGACUGAAGACAUGAAGCCUGCAACACAUUCAUGUUAGAGAGUUUAGAGGCAAUAAAAUAGCACAUCAUACCUCAACACGUUUGCUUGUUAACUUGCAUUAAAAGGUACACUGACACUGUUUGUAGUUUCAAAAAUCAUGUAUUUAUUUUUAUCUAUGUAUUUAUUUAUUUAACCUGUAUUUAGGGGAGUUGAACAAGCAGCAGCAGCAGCAGCAUGUUUUACAUGUGGUCAUUUUUGUUUUUCCUUGUGAUGCGAAUGCAGAAUUGUUGAAAACAAUAUUUAACUUAAAAAUAAAUCACAAAUAAAAAAUUUACGAAG